CCAUUUGUUCUUUUGUGCCCAGGUGGUUGUCUGCUGCAUUGGUCUUUUUAUAUUAUCAAUGUCAUCAACUCUGGAAUCUCUUCAGAUCACAUUUCAUAUGGCAUCAAAUAGGUGUUGUGCCGGACACCUCUUAACCUCAGUAGGAAGGAUCCAGGUUCAAGAAGCGGAAGAAGAGACCCAGAGCCAGCAAGCUCUUAAAUCUGAUCUACAAUGGAAAAAAUUCUUUUUUAUCUGUUUUUCAUUGGCAUAGCAGUGAAAGCUCAGAUCUGUCCAAAGCGUUGUGUCUGUCAGAUUUUGUCUCCUAACCUUGCAACCCUUUGUGCCAAGAAAGGGCUUUUAUUUGUUCCACCAAACAUUGACAGAAGAACUGUGGAACUGCGGUUGGCAGACAAUUUUGUUACAAAUAUUAAAAGGAAAGAUUUUGCCAAUAUGACCAGCUUGGUGGACCUGACCCUAUCCAGGAAUACAAUAAGUUUUAUUACACCUCAUGCUUUCGCUGACCUACGAAAUUUGAGGGCUUUGCAUUUGAAUAGCAACAGAUUGACUAAAAUUACAAAUGAUAUGUUCAGUGGUCUUUCCAAUCUUCACCAUUUGAUACUCAACAACAAUCAGCUGACUUUAAUUUCCUCUACAGCAUUUGAUGAUGUCUUCGCCCUUGAGGAGCUGGAUCUGUCCUAUAAUAAUCUAGAAACCAUUCCUUGGGAUGCUGUUGAGAAGAUGGUUAGCUUGCAUACCCUUAGUUUGGAUCACAAUAUGAUUGAUAACAUUCCUAAGGGGACCUUCUCCCAUUUGCACAAGAUGACUCGGUUAGAUGUGACAUCAAAUAAAUUGCAGAAGCUACCACCUGACCCUCUCUUUCAGCGAGCUCAGGUACUAGCAACCUCAGGAAUCAUAAGCCCAUCUACUUUUGCAUUAAGUUUUGGUGGAAACCCCUUGCAUUGCAAUUGUGAAUUGUUGUGGUUGAGGCGUCUGUCCAGAGAAGAUGACUUAGAGACCUGUGCUUCUCCUCCACUUUUAACUGGCCGCUACUUUUGGUCAAUUCCUGAAGAAGAGUUUUUGUGUGAGCCUCCUCUCAUUACUCGUCAUACACAUGAGAUGAGAGUCCUGGAGGGACAAAGGGCAACACUGAGGUGCAAAGCCAGGGGAGACCCUGAGCCUGCAAUUCACUGGAUUUCUCCUGAAGGAAAGCUUAUUUCAAAUGCAACAAGAUCUCUGGUGUAUGAUAACGGAACACUUGACAUUCUUAUAACUACUGUAAAGGAUACAGGUGCUUUUACCUGCAUUGCUUCCAAUCCUGCUGGGGAAGCAACACAAAUAGUUGAUCUUCAUAUAAUUAAGCUCCCUCACUUACUAAACAGUACAAACCAUAUCCAUGAGCCUGAUCCUGGUUCUUCAGAUAUCUCAACUUCUACCAAGUCAGGGUCUAAUACAAGCAGUAGUAAUGGUGAUACUAAAUUGAGUCAAGAUAAAAUUGUGGUGGCAGAAGCUACAUCAUCAACGGCACUACUUAAAUUUAAUUUUCAAAGAAAUAUCCCUGGAAUACGUAUGUUUCAAAUCCAGUACAAUGGUACUUAUGAUGACACCCUUGUUUACAGAAUGAUACCUCCUACGAGCAAAACUUUUCUGGUCAAUAAUCUGGCUGCUGGAACUAUGUAUGACUUGUGUGUCUUGGCCAUAUAUGAUGAUGGCAUCACUUCCCUCACUGCCACAAGAGUCGUGGGUUGCAUCCAGUUUACUACGGAACAGGAUUAUGUGCGUUGCCAUUUCAUGCAGUCCCAGUUUUUGGGAGGCACCAUGAUUAUUAUUAUUGGUGGAAUCAUUGUAGCAUCUGUGCUGGUAUUCAUCAUUAUUCUGAUGAUCCGGUAUAAGGUUUGCAACAAUAAUGGGCAACACAAGGUCACCAAGGUUAGCAAUGUUUAUUCUCAAACUAAUGGGGCUCAAAUACAAGGCUGUAGUGUAACGCUGCCCCAGUCCGUGUCCAAACAAGCUGUGGGACACGAAGAGAAUGUCCAGUGUUGUAAAGCUGCCAAUGACAAUGUGAUUCAAUCUUCAGAAACUUGUUCGAGUCAGGACUCCUCUACCACUACCUCUGCUUUGCCUCCUUCCUGGACCUCAAGCACUUCUGUGUCCCAAAAGCAGAAAAGAAAGACUGGCACAAAGCCAAGUACCGAACCACAGAGUGAAGCUGUCACAAAUGUUGAGUCCCAAAACACUAACAGGAACAACUCAACUGCCCUGCAGUUAGCUAGCCGACCUCCCGAUUCUGUCACAGAGGGGCCCACAUCUAAAAGAGCACAUAUAAAGCCAAAUGCUUUGCUGACUAAUGUUGACCAGAUUGGCCAGGAAACACAGGACCACAACUCUUUGGAAACAGAGUACAGAUCAACCCAAUGGCCACUGAACAAGAAAGAUGAAAAAACGUUUAUACAUUGGUGCUGCUUAAAACAAGCUGCUGAAGAAAAGAUGCAAGACUGUGCUGUGGAAACUGGGAAAAUCACCCUUCCUUUCAACUUGCAGUUGCCACACAGGCAUUCUCUCUAAGAAGAUGAAUUUCAGAUGCAAGAUUCCUCAGGUAAACCUCACUCAAUGCUAAUUACUGGAUAGACUCAAUCCUUGUAUAAAAAAUGAAAAUUGUAAGUGAAUAUUUUUUGUGAAAAAAAAACUGCUACACAUUAGCAACUGAAUACUAAAUCUUAGUAGACUAGUAUGUAUUCUUCUCUCUAAACCCACCACAUAGAAAAUAAAACUGCCUUGUUUAUAUAACCCAACCUAGAAAAUAAUGUUGCAAAACGUUUCAUUCUUAGAAGAGACGUCUUGCUCCCAACCGUAUAGUUAAGGGCUAUGUAUCAUUCAACCAAAGAUCCACUUAGCUAUUUUCAUGCUCAAAGAAUUGGUACAAUUGCAUUUGUCUCAAGGUGGGUCACUUAGUCUUGUACCAUAUGAUAUUACUUUGGUUUUCAAAUGGAACCCAUAAAAAAGAUUGAUUCGUAUUCUUGGCCAUUUUUGCCUUUCUUGCCGUAUGUAGGGGUGUGUAACAUGAACUCUUUCCUUGGUGGCUAGUCUGAUCUAUUGCUUGUUACAGGGCUCUAGAGACCUAGAAAACAAAAUUGCUCCUAGAGCAAGCACCCUGCAAUUACUCAGGCUGUAACUACAUAGACCUAACAAACUGUAUUGCUCCCCAGGUGGCUUUCUUGCGCCUCACUCUUUCUGCUGUUAGGCCUUUUGCUGUUCCAGGAAUCCAGGAGAUUGAGCAUGAUCCUCUCCAGAGUCAUCUGGUCAUUGCAAAGCUGAAUUAUAUUCAGUGUGUAUCCGGAGACAUGGUUAUCAAAACUUGCUACAAGUACUUUAUGAAACUAGUAGAUUUUACAAUUGUCAAUUAGUAUAUAUUGAGCGUCUACUAAGAGAGAGCCAAUAUCUCCUAAAUAUAAAUAGUUAUCAAAACAGCAUUUAUUUUCAGGUUGCAAACAUUUUAACAAGAUGACAGGAAAGUACAUAUAAAUAUGAAUACUUUUAAAAGAAAAUGCUUAUGGUUUCAUAAAAGUUAAAGGCCAUUUUUAUUUAUAGUUUUCAGUACAUUUUUGACAACUUUUCUGAUGUUUAAUUACUUUGGGAUUUGUUAAACAACUCCUUAUGUACUCAAUCAUUUAAAUUUGUAUUGUUCUUUUUAUAAAAUCAUUCUACAUAGAUAAUGGCAAAUAAUAUAGCAUUCUCAGUGAGAGUAAUUUUAUUAUACAAAUACAUUAUUUGACAAUUUUAGCAGGAUACAGUUAGGGAUUAUAAGUAAAGCUUCAAUAAAUCUUUGAUUUAUUCUAAUAAACUAAUGUGCUAUAUAAUUAUGCAUAGAAGAAUGUUGUUUGAGAAUAAAAUCCUUAGAAGUGUGAAUCAGUUCAUAUACAGGAAUAAAGAUAUUUAGUAUUCAAGAAGAUAUGUUAGAAGAGUUUUCAUUAAUUGCCUAUGAUGUAUACAAUGGUUAUUUCCUUACCUUUUGGCAUUUUUUUAUUUGUUUCUGUUUAGAUUCCUGUUUCUAUAACAUUUCAUUCUUUUUGAGAGGAUAUCGGAAGAAUUGGUUGAAUUUUCACUUCAUGGUAAUUAUAAACCAUAACAAUAAAAUAUAUUUACCAGGACAGUGAAGACUUUUGGAGAAAAAAAUAGUCUAUCAUUUAAAAAAAAAAAGGUAUCGCUUCAAGAAAUUGUAAAGUGAUGAAUAAAAUACAUUAAUAAGUAAUCAACUGAUUAUUUUAGUCAUAGAGGUUUAGAGAGCGGAGCUUACGGGUAUGUCGCAGAAUAAACAAUCUGACAGAAAACAAUGUUUGGCAAAUAGAGUAAAUAUUUUGAAAUAUUAACUACUGAUUAUUUUUAUCCCUUUCAAAACCUUAGAAGUUAGACAUAAGAUAGAGUGAAUUUUUGACAUCUCUUUUAAAUGUUCACAAAAUUGUAUUAUAUUUGCAAACUACAGAGUUGAGGCUGUUUUAGUUAAUAUCUAUCUAGCUAUUAGAUUGUGGAAGCUUAUCGCUUCUUUUUCCCAACUGAAGGAUGGUUUCCACCAGUUGGUUAUCAGAAAAAAAAAAUGAAAACUUUCCGUUGAUCUUUGCUAAAUACUGUGUGUGUAGAUCACUCUGUGUCAUAGUGUUUGAGGUGAUAAUAAUAAUAAAAAUAAUACAAGUUUUUACUAUAUUUAACAAAAUGCAUAUUAUUUAAGUAAAUUUUUGCACAAGUUAAAGAGGAUAAUUUUUAGAUAUAGGUAUAUUUGGAGAUGAAAGUAAUAUAGUGUAACUUAAAAUGAUAUAUAACAAAAGCAUUUAUUUUGAGGUUUUUGGUAUAAAUUCAAAACUAUUAAAUUCACUUAUAAGUUCUAAUAGAGAAGAACAUUCCCUUGAAUAGCCUUUCCUCAUGUUUUGACUUCAGCUGGAUAUUUCCCUGCAAAUUAGUACUGAAUUGGUUAAUUAAGCUCUCAAUACUUAAUCUGGUGGAUGGGCCACACACUAAUGUUUCCGACUAAAACUCUGAACCAUUUUUACUUUAAUUGGAACAUUCUCCUUCAAAUGAAUUAAAUGAUAAAAGUUGUGACCUGUUAGCUUUUCUUGCAAAUUUGCAUAUAUACAAAAAUGAGGCUUUUUCUUCUGUUAUAAGCCAAUGAGAAAACAAUGUUUGAGGCAAAUAAUGGUAAUAUUUUAGCUCAUUAAAUUCUCUGCUCCUUUAAUAUUGAAAGAAUGAUUUGCCCCAAAUAUACUUGCUUUAUUCUUUAAGUGAACUUGUUCUCUCCAAUAUCCUAAUUAAAACCUAUUACCUUUACUAACGGUCAAAAUGACUUUUAUUAUUUUUAAUACAAAUACUUUCUUUUAAAUACAGCAUUUCAAAAGAGUGUUCUUCACACAUUUAUUUUAAAUGAAUGUGAGUAGAUAAAUAACAGGGCAUUUGAAGUUCUUUAGUUCCACUUAAAGCUUGUUGCCAUUAAGACUCUUACAACAGAAGUGAUGCGUCCCAAGGAUACUUACUUUUAGAGAGUAAACCAACCUACUCAUAAACAUCUUUCUUCUCUUUUCACACUUCUUAUACACAAAAUUCUUCUUUGCUGAAAAAUGAAGAGCUGGGUUAGAAAGUGAGUAAUUCAGCACACAGGAUUACUCAUGAAGUAGAGGUGGAGGUGAUGGUGAUACUGGGGCAGUUCAUGAUGCAUAUGUUCUUUAAAUUUCUCUUAAAGUCUUCUUGGCAAGAAGCUAUGUUAUGGAGGGUAAAUGGAGUGGGACAAAUGUUUCAAGAUAUGAUUACUCACCAUUGUUAAUAAAUAAGAUAGAAGUCUACUCUUUUUCUUAACAUUUGCUGCAGUACAAUAAUAGCUCCUCAAGGCAAAAAGAAGAGACAACCAACAGGGAGAUACAGCUGACAAAGCACUAUUACCGCAUCCAUUCUGAUAAUGUAUAACUGAAAGAACAUAGUUUUAUAGUUCUAUAAAGAGAAAAAAAAGAGAGAAUGUCUGCCAGUUGGGCUCGUGUGAAGUGGACUCCAAGGAAAUUAAUGUGCAGGAGAAAUACCGGGGUGCUCUCCAAAUGACCUGUGGAAGAGAAGACAAGGCAUCAGGAUUGGACAGAGAAAGACUUCAAGCUCCAAUGUAGUCAUAGUAAAUGGGAUGAUCCUUCAGAAAUCUCCCCAGUGGGAACAAGAAAAUUAGACGCAAGACACCCUGAGAGGGAGGUCUGGUAUUUGGUAGACUGAUUCCUUUUGGCUGAAGGAAUCUCCAAGGGGGGCUGACAACUGAGCUGUCUGCUGGCAGUACUCGCAGCAGCUGGGGAAAUAAACUCCUCAUUUCCGAAAAAGGAGCAAGAAUGGAAUAUGCUUUUGUAUUGGAAAAGCAUUUCAAUUUUUUUCUGUCAUCUGUUUCUCCUUUCUCUGCCUCUUCCAAUCCAUCUUGCAUUUAGCUGCCAAAUAAAUAUUCAUGUCUUUAUGAAACUAGAAGGUUUCCUAAAUGCAUUUUGAACCCAGAUUUGUUUCCAUUGUCUCCUUUUGUCUGCUUUUCUAUUAUAUGUUUAGCCCAUUGUUGUUUCCUCCAAAAAAAGUACCAGCUAUAAAAAGUAAUAUAUCUGCUCUCUAGUCCUGGAACACAAAUGCUCAUUAUGAACUCUUCAUCACUUCACAUGCCCUUUCCUCACAGCCAGUGUCUUCCCUGGCUUUCCAAGUUCAGUUUUGGCUCUGUUUCUUCGAUAAAUUAUUUUCCGCCAGGUUCCCCUGAUCUCUUUUUCCCUAGCCCGAAUGCACUUACAUUCUCUACCAUACAACGAAGUGUUUAAAUUUUACAAAUUGACUCGAGUGACUAAAAAAACUCAUGGAGCGCAGGCACUAUAUUUUUGUUUUGUUUAGUUUUCUAUCACAGUUGCUAGCAAACUUCUGGGGCUAUUGAGGAUGCUUAAAAAAUUUGUUAUAUAUCUGAUUGAGUUAUAUUCCUUAUUUUCCAGUAGCAUCGAUAUGCUAUAGUAUUAUUGCCCCAUCCCCUGAAGUCCCAGAUCACAUUAUCUAUUUCUCUCUUAUUAUUCAUAGACACUAAUUUUCUAGCUGUUUGUAUACUACAUCUUUAUAUAUCUUUAAAUAUUUUUUAAGCAACUUAAGGAAGUCCAUUAGUUAUUUCCUCACCCCCUGCCCCUUUCAAUCCCAAAUAUCUCCAGGGAUUUUCAUGAAGAAGCCCCUGAAAACUUGUUCAUAGAAUGAACUAACAUUAAUGGAAUUUAAAGCUGGACAUUAAGGCUAGAAAGGAAUGCACUGUUUGGAGGAAAUGAAGGAUAAUUCAUCAUCAUGAACUUGUUGCUUUUAACUAAUCAUUGCUGCUUUGGAGAAAAAAUGAAAGAUACUUUUGUCCCCAUCAUCAGGGCCAUAUUAUAUUUCAGUAGCAGAAUAUCAAGAACUAUGCUCUUAAUUGUUAGCUAUGGUCUUAAAUACAAAGACAAAGACCAUAUUCCAUCUAACUAGUUAGAUGACUUAAUAUAUUUGGUAAUUAAUUUCCUAUGUUAAUACACUAUUUUCCUUAUUUUGUUUAUAUUUCUGAACUAAAAUUAUAUUAUAUAAAGCUUUUUCUACUCAUAGAUUAUAAAAUAAUAACUUACUUUAUUUUUGUUUUUGUUAAACAGUGAAAUUACUGUGACAUCUACAGGUACAUGCAGAUCUAUUUCUGCUUCCGGGGUUUUUCUAACAAACACAAUUUUUUGUUUAACUACAAAUUUGUAAUCAAAUAUGCUCUUAAUUUGUCAUAUAAAUUAUUAGGUUGGUGCGAAAAUAACUGUAGUUUUUUCCAUUAUUGUUGCACCAUCCCAUAAUAUAUCUGAGUACAAAGAAGAUAAAAUAAAAACUCAUGCAUUUAAAAAAAUCACUAGGGAAAUAAAGACUUAUGCUCAGUGUUAUAACUAACCCAUUUUUAUUUUCAGAUUAUUUUUCAUGCUUUUCCUAUUAUAGUUACGAUAAACAUUCGUUAUAAUUAUAUAAAAAGUGCGGGAAAAGUACCAUAUAUGUAAUAAAAAGAUAGAAAAUAUAGGAAAUAUAAAAAGCAGAAAACGUGGUCAAAUUGAUCCUAGGCCCUUCCACUGGUCUAAAAGCCUUACCCACAUUUUAAGACCUUUCUUCUUUCUCUUUAAAUUUAAUAGUACAUACUUUAAUUAUCCUCCAUAUUAAAUUAUAUAGCUUGAAAAUUAUUCAUUCUAUAUGAAGUGAAGUGUUCUUUUUUUCACCCUUCAGAUUUGGACAUGUAGAACAUAAUCACCUAACUCAGAGCUGUAAAAAAAUAUGUUCAAAGCUAACAUCUAAGCAAACUACCUAAGAUUUCAUCCUUCUGCUUAAUUAACAAGUUGAAAUAAUUCAAUACUGUGUAUAUCUGAGGUAGAUGAUAAAACUGGCCCUGAAUGUAUUUUUUUACUCUUUCUUGUUACCAUGCUCUUUGGCAUGGUAUUUUGGAGUGCCCUCCCUACCUACAUGGAUUUGGUCAUUUCACUGAUUUUGACUAACGAAAUAAGGCAGAAGUGACAUUAUGCUGGUACUAAGCCAAGUCCGUGAAUAUUUUUACUUGUUCUCCUAUAAUUAUUUCAUUGCCUUAAGAAAUGCACUGGCUGAUAAAAAAAAUACAUUUAUUUUCUUUGCAGCAACAUGGAUGUAGCUGGAGGCCAUCAUCCCAAAUUAAU